CUGGGAUCCAGGGGGACCUCAGGAUGUCAGGUACAUACAGUUACAACAAUCAUUCCCAUAAUAUUUAUAAAAAUAAGAAUGAAACUGAGUUGGUUAUGGAGAUCGGAGAGACAGAUCACUGACCCAGCUUACGCCAUAAUUAUCCUGACUUCGUUCGUCUACUUUGUUUGGCUUAAUAUCGCUGACAUACAUUGAAUUUCCACCAUGCCUGGUAAACUGAAGGUGCAGGUAAUUGCAGCACGGGACCUUCCUGUCAUGGAUAGAGCCAGUGACUUGGCCGAUGCAUUUGUUGAGGUAAAACUUGGACAAGUAAGCUAUAAGACCGAAGUAUGCCGCAAGUCUCUCAACCCACAGUGGCAAUCUGAGUGGUUUAAAUUUGAGGUCGAUGAUGAAGAAUUGCAAGAUGAACCACUCCAGCUCAGGAUUAUGGACUAUGACACAUACAGUGCACAUGAUGCCAUUGGAAAGGUGUACAUUGAUCUCAACCCAUUACUUUGGAAAGAUGGUGUUUCUGAGAUAUCUGGAUGGCUACCGAUCUAUGACACAAUGCAUGGUCUCCGUGGAGAGAUUAGUGUGAUUGUUAAGGUAGACUUACUUGAGAAUGUCAGCAAAUUCAAAGAGUCGUCAUGUGGUGUUCAGUUUUUUAGCUCAAGUGGCAUCCCUACAUGUUACACUGUGAGUGCAAUCCAUGGUUUUGUGGAGGAGCUAGUCGUAAAUGAUGAUCCUGAGUAUCAGUGGAUUGAUAUGAUCCGAACCCCAAGAGCCUCCAAUGAGGCAAGACAGCAACUAUUCUCCAAACUUUCUGGGGAGCUGCAGAGAAAGAUUGGGCUGAAGGUUCUAGAGAGAGAAGGAAAUGCCGUCCUAGGGUACUGGCAGUGUUUUGAUCUGGAGGGAGAGUCUGGUAUAGUUGUGCGAGGUAUUGGUACUGCAGCAAUGAUUCAAAGAGCUAAUCCAUUGGUAUCACCUCUCUCUACUAGUCCACCACAAGAUCAACUCAUUCCUAAAGAGUUUCCUUUGCUGGAGGACACACCAGAUUUGGCUACACACAGCUCCCCGGCAUUUAACCAACAGAUGUCUCAACCAGCGCCAAGAUCUCCAUCAAAGGUUGCUCCAUGUAGACACUCAUCUGAUUCAGAUCUAUCUACUGUCCCUCUUGUUGGUAGUCAGGAGAAAAUGGGCAGCAGUGGGAGUGGAGGUGGUCUUCCUCAGCGGUUAUCAAUGCUACCCAAAACAGCUCUGCCUCCUAUAACUAUUGAUAUCUUGGAAUAUCCAUUCUUCACAAUCAAGAAAUUUCCUCCUGGUUUCCUUGUACACCUGGGUGGAGUUGUUACUGCACGCUCAGUCAAACUGCUGGACAGGAUUCAUAACCCAGAUGAGCCAGAAACCAGAGAUGCUUGGUGGACUGAAAUACGAACUGAAAUUAGGUCUCAUGCUACUACUAUGGGAUGUCAUGCUGUAAUUGGAUACAAAGAAACAACCAGCAUAUGUGAUGAGAUCUGUCUGUUGUCUGCCACAGGAACAGCAGCCAUCAUCAAUCUGGCAGCAUUCCAGUAUCCAGUUGUACCGCUCUCAUCGCAGAACAUUCUGACAAUGUCUUUAGAUCGACAGGACUUCCAACAGAAUCUUCCACAAAACGGCCAGGAAAAGUCACCUCCAAUUACUGAAAUUAUAAUGAGUGACAAUCCGACCACUGUCACUGUUGAAUCAUCUUGCCCCACAUGUUCCAUCUGCCACAUUCCAUACAAUGAAGCAUCUCUUCCAUUUCCUGUCACUCUCAGCAAGUGUUCCAUAUGCAAGAGAUCCAAGGUACCAGACGUGUUAUUCACUACAAUUGAACCUCCCUAUGAGUUGCAUGUAACUGGCAGAGGAUGCUGUCUGCAAGCUAGUAUAUGCCGCAGUAAGAAGAAAGCACAGGGAGAAACUAAUGCAGCCAUGAUAAGUGAUGCGCUGCCCUUCAUGGAAUAUGAACUUCACAGGCAGUUGAUGAAUAAGCUCAAGGUGAAAGGCAUGAAUGCACUAUUUGGUGUCCAUGUACAGAUCAUAGUUGGAGAGACUUUACUCAUUGGCGUAGCUACAGCUACUGCUUCUUAUGUGACUGCACUGCCGCCCCCAUCCCUAUUGAAAAUCACAAGUAAGUCUGGAGGUGGUGAGAAACAAUUUCAGUCCAUUCAGAAGAACAUUCUCGACAUGACAGCAAGGAACAGAGAUAUAUAUGAUCUUCACUUACCAGACUCAAUGGUUGAGACAUCAGCAUUAGAUAGUCCUCAGCCAGUCAUAACAGAGAGCACUGAGGAACUCACUGAAGCUCAAUUCCUACCCUCACAGAAAGAUACGUACGUCCUUACGGUGGACGAUGUUGAAGAUAAGGAGACAGUCUGGAGUUUGUUUGAUCCUGAGCUCCCAACAGGAUUAUUUAGUUGUACUACAGAGAUAGCACCAGGGAAUCUACGGCCUGUGAAGCAUCUCCAGAUGUUCACCAUGAUGAGAACACAGACCCUCGCUGAGUCUUCAACCAAACACUUUGCACCAAUAUUCGAUGAACUUAUUCAGGGAAUGUGUUUUAAGCUCCGAUCCAUGGCUCCAUGUUGUUUGUGUAGUGUCUGCUAUGAUAUCAAUGUACCAGAUGAUGAUGUUAUACAGCUUUGGUUAACUGCAUCUGCUGUAACACUUGGAGAGAGUAAUGUUACCAGUCCAGAAAAGGCGGCCCAAAGUAAAGGAGUUAAAUCAACAGAUGCAGAGAUGAUGUUUGCUAUGGAGGAACUACAGACAACUGAUGGUGCAUCUAUUUCACCCACUACACCUGUUUCUAAAGAUAAAGGUACCAAAUUUCCUAAGCUGGAGAAGAGAAUUCUGUUUCCGGAGCCAGUGAUGUCAACAUGGAGGCCAAAUGUAGAGAUAACACCUAUGUCUACCAUCCCAGGAGGUAUCAUUGAUAGAUACUUGGGCUACAUUAAUCUCUUUUUUGUCAGGGAAUCAAUGUCAGUACGAGAGUCAGGUGGCGUGAGUGGCUUCAUGUAUAAUUUUACCUCGGAGGUCAACGCUAUUAUCCGCUCACAUGUAGCAUCACUUGGAGGCAAUGCAUUAGUUGCUUAUAAUCUUGUAGACUGCUUAGUGGAGGACAGAAACCACCAGUGUCAAUGUUUGAUCAACGUCAGUGGUGAUGCUGUGCAUGUCUUGUAUGAGGACUCAAGUUCAACUAUGGAUUCACCUGUCUCUAGUCAAUUAUCUAUGUCUCGUAGUCAACAAUUCCGCACCAGACGAACAUCAAGUACAGAAGUCUCUCCACGAGCAGCCGAAUCAACGAAUUGAUGGCUCCCACAGGGAGUGGAUGGACAACAGGGAGUGAUGGAUAAUUCAACAAGAUACAUAACUUCACAUGUUAGAAAAGUAUUUGUACAAACAGAGAAUAACAAGAUUUCUUUAUUCAGGCUGUUAGAUGCUUUGGAGUUCAAAACAACGUGAAAAUAAUUUGAAAUUGAAUAUGACAUUGACCAAGAAUAAGGGAGCUUACUUACAGUGGAUUUGAUGCACUAAAUAAAACCUCCUUUAGUAAAAGAUUUGUGCAUGUAGUCAAGUCUUUUAAAGGCACUGGACACUCGGUAAUUACUCAAAAUAAUUGUUAGCAUAAACACUUACUUGGUAACCAGCA